CUCAGGAUGAGAACUUGCGGACUUGUCGGCUUCCCGCUGCCGUCUCGCUCAGGAGGAGGUAGCCGCGCGUGAGCAGGACACGAAGAGGAGAGCUGGAGGAGCGUCCGUGUUGGAGCUGUUGAUCUAACCUGCAGUAUUUAAAGUGAAAAUUAAAGAGAGACAGAGGGACUGGUCGGGCUGCGGGAUCACACGGCGACCACAUUUCCUCACCUGAAGUGUCCCUUACCUUUGCUCGGCUCGGUGCCUGCCGGAGACUGAAGGAGAACCGGCUCACAGACUUGGAGAGCUUUGCCUGAGGCGACGGAGCUCAUUUAUAAGGCAGAGAGAGAGAGAGAGAGAGGCACUAUCAGCCAUGGAGGUCUAUAGCACUUCGAGGAAACUUAUUCUGCUGUCUUUGACCUUCCUGUGGGGGCUCUCAGGCGUGUGGGCUGACCUCCAGAUACCUGAGACCAGUAUAGAUGUGAUCAAGGGUCGGAUGGUGGUGCUGAAGGCGUCCUACAGUCCUGUACCGGGCGGAGAUCCGAGCACCAACACAAUCCUCUGGAACCUUGUGUCUGACCCUCCACAGAUGGUCAUCUCCUUCACCAAAGGCUCCAUCAACGUGGGCAGCUCCCAGUUCCAGGGCCGUGUUGGUUUUUCAGUCAACAUGCCGUCACGGAACGUGUCGAUUUACAUCAACAACACGCAGGAGUCCGACUCAGGAAACUACCUCUGCCAUGUCAUCAUCCCUGAUAAUCCUGGUUUCACAGCUAAACUCACUCUGGACGUGAAGGUGCCUCCUGAUGUUCCCAAGUGCUCUCAGUCAGGGAAGGCAGUGCUGAAGGGAAACGUGACUCUCAGCUGUGGGUCCAGCUCUGGGAAGCCGAGGCCGCUGUACAAGUGGAGGAAAACCAGUCCCACCUCUGAGGUCUUCUUCUCUCCAAUGCUCAAUGAGAAGAACGGAACUCUAAAAUUGAGCAACCUGAGCAGCAACAUGUCAGGGAAAUACGUGUGCACGGCCAGCAACUCAGCGGGGUCAGAGAGCUGCUUCAUCAACCUGGAGAUCAGAUCCACCAACAAUGGUGGGAUGAUAGCCGGUGCUGUUGUGGGCUCCAUAGUUGGCUUGAUCUUGCUCCUCCUCCUCGCCUGGUUCUUUUACCUGAUGAAGAGACGUAGAGACAGCGAGGACGACAUGGCCAAUGAGAUCAAGGAGGACGCUCAGGCUCCAAAGCGCGUUUCCUGGGCGAAGAGUGGCAUGGGCUCGGACAUCAUCUCCAAAAACGGCACCCUGUCCUCCAUCGCCUCCAGCCCCCACCACAAAGAGCCCCCCCACCACCACCACAACAACCACCACCACCACCUGCAGCAGUACCCUCAGCGUCCCCCCUCCGACACCGCCUCAAUCAUCACCGCCACGGGCAGCACGGCCGGCUACAGACCGUCCCGCCACCACGGAGCCUCCACCCCGACCCACUACAGCUACAACAACAACACCACCCUCCCCCGCGACCAGCCCGUCCCCUCUGAGGCCAGCACCAACGGGAGCUCCCUGCCCAGACCGGAGCGCUACACCCAGCUGCCUCAGGCCCAGGCCCUGCCGCAGACCUACGGCCAGCCGCAGCUGCAGCUCCAGACCACGCCAAUCCCACCGCCGCUGCCCACGUCCACCGUCACCGCCUCUAACAUCGCCCGCAUGGGAGGGGUGCCCAUCAUGGUGCCUGCACAGAAUCAAGCCGGAUCUCUGGUCUAACGCAAAGACAGACGCGUACUGUCCCUUUAAGACAUCAAAAGGGUCUUAUUAUGUUUUUUAAAGGGAACGCUUCGACUCCUAUUUAGCAAAAAUUACAUUUUAAAAAGAUCACGAUGCUUUCAUGGCGAGACUGCAGACACGGACUGUCUCCUUGCUUUACAUAUACUCAAAUCUUUUAUAUUCUGUAUGCACUGUAUACAUGACCAACUAUGUAUGGAUCUAAUUUUCAUACAUUUGCCCUCUUUUUCUACUUUAUCUAAGCAUUUCUAAUGUUUUUUUAUUACCUAUCUUUUAAACAUUGUACUCUAUUUUUCUUCCUGCCAUACUUACUCAAACAGAACACCAGGAGGCUCUUAAAAGCCUCAUCUUCAUCAUCAUAUUUAGGUAAAAUCUACCUUAAAGAGUUCAAUUUAAAGCACAUACAUUUCAGUACGGUUCAGAGGAGAAAAUGUAGCUCAGGAGGAACCUAGUGAGGCCUGGUUUUUACUAAAUUAAAACCUAUAAAUGAGAGUAUUUCUGCAGAGAGAAAGAUAAGAAGACAAUAUACAUAUGAUCAAGUAUCCUAAUCCUUUUCUUGGCUUUACUUCUGUCAGCGGUUCAGCUUAUAAAAUGCUCUUUAAACACAGAUUAGGGAAAGCUUCUUAGGAUAUCGAGCACCAUCCAGAGCUGCAGUUUGGUGACUUUGCUACACCCACACUUGAGUUGUUAGAAUUUUAAGUUGCCUGCACAUUAGAAAUUGUAAAUAUGAUAUUUAUUUUGGUUGAUUUUGGUCCAUACGGCAGCCUGUGUGGGACAUUUUAUUGAGUUUAUAUAUUUGCCUGCAACACUGGAUACUGAACCAAAGAUAUACAGUAUGUCACACUUUGUUAUUAUUCAUUUAAACUUUGUUUUAUAGUUUUGCUUAAAGAGGAAUGUUUGAUUUAAUGUGAUAAGAAGCUUUCAGAUUCACUGCCAGAAGCUUAAAGUGCAUUUUAAACACACUUUAAAUCCACUUUUGAUUAAUAUCUCCUAAAAAUCCUUUACAAAAAGCUAAAAAAAAACAUACAAAUAAAAGCUCUUUAUUGAAUUUAAUCAUGUUAAUGAUAUUUUACCAUUUUAAAGAAGAUUAAAGGAGAGAAAUAAACAAUCUUAAUCCAUCAUGUUUUAUAAACUGGAGAUCAAAAGUAGAUGUAGCCUCUUGGAUCUAGAGAUUUUUUUUCUUUUUCCAUCAUUAUCUGGUUUUAUUUGGAGCCAGGAGUGACAGGAGUGAAAAAGACCUCCUGCUAACCUGGCACGCCAGAUGGAUUUGUUUCACACAUCCAUCUGGAAAACUUCUGAUACACAGCGUUUGGAAAAGGGCAGAGGAUUUGAAAAAAUUCGGAGGGUGAUUGGAUGAACGUUCUG